CCUCGGCCAAGUUCAGUUGUGACAACAAACUUCCCUGAACAGCUCAGCGAGUCGCAUGAUUCAAUAUCACUAGCUUUACUUUGAUACAUCUUCGGUCAAGUGAGUUGAAUUUGAAUUAGUAUUGCCAGGGGCAGAAGAAGAUACAAUGGGCUCAGAGAAGAACAACUCCAGCGAAAGCGCUGUGAAUAUUAUCUUUAUCGGAGCCGGCGCCGUUGGGUGCUUUUAUGCUUCGCGAUUACACCACCCCGACCGUAACAUACACGUCUCACUCGUUGCCAGAUCUAAUUACAAGGCGCUCAAAGAGUCGGGCGUAAAACUUCAGACCCAUACAUUUGGCGAUUACGUCUUUCAUCCCUAUGCCGCCUUUCCAUCCGUCGACGCUGCAGCAUCUUCCCAGACGCAGUGGGACUUUGUCUUUGUAACAACAAAGGCGCUUCCAGAUCGAUCCGAUGAUUCUGCCAUGAUCGCGCCUCUCGUAGGGAAGAAUACGAGCAUUGUGCUCAUUCAGAACGGCGUCGGUGUGGAGGAACCAUUUCGCCAGCGGUUCCCCAACAAUCCCAUUGUGAGCGCCGUGACGAUUGUCAGUGCCGAGCAGACAUCACCAGGUGUCAUCCGACAAAACCGAUGGACGAGGGUCAGUAUAGGGCCGCAUACAAAUGGCCUCGGUACAGGUGAUGCCGAGCUUGGCCAACGCGGUACAAAGGCGAUCGAGCAACUCGGCACGUGGUGGGGUCCCGGCUGGGGUGGUAUCCGCGACGUAGAGCCUCACGACGAGAUUGGGCUGCAGACGGUGAGAUGGCACAAGCUCUGCAUCAAUGCCGCAUUCAAUCCAAGCGCCGUGCUGAGUGGCGGGAGGGGCAACGCAGACAUGGUCACGGAUCCGGAGCUUCGGGAGCAUGUCGUAGGCAUCAUGAACGAGAUCAGAGCGGCGGUGCCCAAAAUUCUGGGACGAGAGUUUCCUGAUGACCUCGCGAAGCCGGAUCGUAUUGUCAAGAGCACGGAGCGAAAUACGGGAGCAAGGCCCAGCAUGUUGUUGGACUGGGAGGCUGGACGCCCGUUGGAAUUGGAGGUGAUUUUGGGCAACCCGGUGAGAAUUGCUAGAGCCCAUGGGGUGGAGAUGCCUCGUUUGCAGACACUCUAUGCCUUGUUGAGCAGCGCACAGAGGACCCGAGAGGAGAGGGCAACCAAGGAGAAGCUGUAGGAAACGAGUGUCGAGGGUUAGAUGACAAGCUGGUCUGCUAGAGAUUAAAGUCAACUUCACAACUGAAGUCAAGAUUUGCUGUCCAAGUCUGAUUUCUGAGCAUGGUGCUCGCUCUUGUUUCACAGUCCCGCGACACAAUGUUUACAGGUGCCAGUGGGGCCGGGAACGAUGUGAUGGACGUGUAAGGAUCUUGUAUGGAUUGUCGAAGGGCCUAUCGUCGAUGUACACAUUCCACUCACCUCACCUUGGGACAGUUUCAUCUGUAUACAGCAAGUAUGUCAAUCUGUACGAAUGGGAUUUGCAUGAACGAGCACCGCAUUUCCAGGCGAAUGCAGCAAGUUCCUAAAAGCGUGUGGCUCCAUCUUCACAAGCCAAGUGACGUGGGUUAUUUCAUGUCAAUGAACAUUACUUUUUACACGAGCAGCGAAUAACUAUGAAGUAGACGAACCAAUCCAGGAAAAUAAUGUCAAUUUAU